AUGAGGCGGCAGACUACACUGACAAAGAUCGAGCCCACUGGGCUUUCUUCAGGUUGAUGCCCUAACUAGGAACCUGAUUUUAACCUACUGAUGUCUGCGCUUGUCAUUUGCAUAUUCUUUACUGCACUAUAAAAAGGACUGUCUCUAUCACCGCCGCUAAUUACGGAACUCUGAAUCCAUGGCACCCGCCCUCUUGGCUAACACCUCGUCCAUCCCGAAUCCCUUGUCAGAAAUCUUCCACUGUUCAACCUCCUCCACCACCCUCAAGAACCUUCACUGCCAACCGCCACCUCCUCCAGAACCUCCGCCCGUGGUUUUCCCUUAAUCGUCUCUGUGAUCUAUAAAAAAAAAACCCAAAAAAAGACAGAGAUGAGGUUGUCGGAGGUAACCGCUCAAUCUUGGCGAAGCAUAUGUUGCAAUACGAUAGCAACGGUGAAUUAUAUGGUUAUCAAACUCUGUGGUCAUCAAAGAUAUUUUAGUAUUCUAUUGGCUAAAACCCCAAUAGUGUCAAUAUCCUUCUUUUUGUGUUUACCAACUUUUGGUAAUAUAUGCUAGCGUUAUGAGGCAAUACAAAAGUUCAACUAGUUUAUCUUGCCAAAAGAAGAAAACUAGGCUAUCUUUGGAAAAUCUUAACUCCCAAUAGUCUUUAUCCCUCACCGCAACCGUCAGAUCGGCAAUUUCAUUGUGAAUGAAGUUCAUAAUUUCUCUCUUAGCCUUCUUUUCUUGCUCAUGGACAGAGAAAUUUGGACUGACAUGGUCAUCUUGAACCAUAUCCUUUGACCCACAAAAGGAGCAAAACCAAUUUCCUUUCUAAACCUUAGCCAAAGGCGGCCUCAAACAGUAUGUGUGAUACUCUGCGUCACAUGUGUCACACAAAAGGACUUUCUUGUUGUUCUCAUCUAUGCCACACACUUUGCAGAAUCCUUCACCCAAAAAUCCUUUUGAAAUUUCACGGGUUGGAACUGCAGUGCUUCCUAAAUCCUUAUUCACCGUGUCAUCGAAGCACUCUGGCUGGUGGUCAUCGGUUGCAACUGCAAUGUUUCCUAAAUCCUUAUUCAUUGCGACUUGAAGGACACUAAUUGAUGGUCAUUAACUAAUUUGUGCUAAAAGAAUAAGUUCUGAAUUCUUGGUUUUUGCAAAAAAAUUAUAUCACAAGGAAGGAUGCGGUUGGAUGGUGGUGGAGUUCCAAAUGAGUAUACUGGAGUUGGAGUUUGGUAUUGUUAGCUUUGCCUUGUCCAUGAGUUGCCUAGCUAAAAGAAGGAAAAUUGACGAUUUGGCUCGCAAAGGGAUAAAUCCAAAAUUGUUGCUUCUGGAGAGUGGAUCUUGCUUCAAGAUUAUUCAAUCACGUGAAUUGGGUUUCACAUUCUUCGUGUUAUUUUCUUGCGUAAAUUAGUGUCCAAGCGUAAAUAUUUGCACGUGCUAAUGGAAGCCCAGAAAAAAGAUGAAAGUCAGACAAUUGAUGAUGUUGGAAGAAAGCAACAUCUACUCCUUGGAAGACCUAUUAGCUCUGAGUUAACUCCGUUUUUGGGCGAUAUUCUUCAGUCAUGGAACUUCCUAUGGCGUUUCCGUGAAGUGUUGGGCUUGAGUAAAGGUUUCUCAUUUGAAGAACUUACUGCAGAACUUAAUGGAUCAUUGUUUGAUGGAUUAUCCGACACUCACAUCUUGAUGUUGCACGUCCUCAUAAGUGAGUUCCUGAUGAAAUUUGAAAAUGGCAGCAAAAGGGAUGUGGAGUGCACGGCUAUGGCUAGAAGGACGGAGAUGAAUGUGCCUCCUCUCAAUGACUUAACUUGGCCAGAAUUGGCUAGGAGGUAUGUUUUGGCUAUCUUGUUCAUGAUUGCUGACUCUGAGUCGGUGGAGGUUCGUGAAGAUAUGGAUAUGUUUCGCUGCUUACAUGGUGAUGGUGGGCCAAGAUGUGGUGCAUUAACUGGAGUUGUUGGACUGGAAGCAGAUGCAUGGGUGCUUGCAGCAGCCAUCAAUAAAAUAUAUGGUUCUCUUUACGAUGAUAACGAGAGGCUGUCAGUGGAUGACUUGGAUUCUGACAAGGAAACUAUAUCUUGGGUCAAGGUGAAUGAACAAGUUCCAGCUUGGGUCAGAGAAUUGGAGCCUAUAAAAAUGUUGAAGACAAAUGUUGGGUCCAAAAUAAGAAAUUGUAUUAAUAAUUCUUUGGCCAAGGAGCCACCAGAAUGGGCGAGAAAGAUCUUGGAUAAUUCAAUCAGUAAGGAAGUUUACAAGGCCAAUGCUUCAGGCCCUACUAAGAAACUUGCUCUCAGCGUUGUUGCACAGUUCCGAAGUAUGCAGCCAAACCUUGCCAUCACAAAAAACAGAAAGAAUCUUUUUGCUAUAUCCAACAUUGUUAUGAAACAAUGUGGUUUCGUGUUGCGUGAGGCAGCUCUGGCGAAGGAAACAAAGGACUUUUGCACCUUGAUUCAAGAGCGUUUUGUCAAGCAUGGUAAUUGUGAAGAAGGGAUUCUUGGAUCUCCAGCUAUGGUAUCAAGUCUUUUGAAUUUUAGGAUGAUCGACAUGAGAUUGGCUUCUGGUGCUUACUGCCUGUCUCAUGAAGCUUUUGCGGAGGAAGUACAAGAGUUCUGGAGAAAUGUGCUGAUUGUUUUUGAGAAUGACUCACAAGUGGUUGAUUCAGCCAAGAAAUCGUGCCGUGUAUUUGAGUCCUUAUAUGACAAAGAGGUUGUUGCUUUAUAUCAAAAGUUGAUUAAUGACCACCGGCCAGAGUGCUUCGAUGACACGGUGAAUAAGGAUGUAGGAAGCACUGCAGUUCCAACCCGUGAAAUUUCAAAAGGGUCUCUGGGUGAAGGAUUCUGCAAAGUCUGUGGCAUAGAUGAGAACAACAAGAAAGUCCUUUUGUGUGAUACUUGUGACGCAGAGUAUCACACAUACUGUUUGAGGCCGCCUUUGACUAAGGUUCCAAAAGGAAAUUGGUUUUGCUCCUUUUGUGGGUCAAAGGAUAUGGUUCAAGAUUCUCAUCUCAGUCCAACUUCCUCUGGCCAUGAGCAAGAAAAGAAGGCUAAGAGAGAAAUUAUGGACUUCAUUCGCAAUGAAAUUGCUGAUUUGGCGGUUGCAAUGAGGGACAAAGACUAUUGGGAGUUGAGCUUUUACGAGAAAACCUCUCUUCUUAAGUUCAUUUGUGAUGAAAUAUUGGGAACAGCUCUUGUGAGAGAUCACAUUCUGAAAUGUGAAUCUCCCUCAAAUCUGCACACAAAUUCUAAUUCUAUAGAACUGCAAGCUUUGAGGAAUAAAGAAGAUAGCACAUUUCCAAGGAUAUCUGAAGAUGCUCCUUCAGCUCAAACAAGUGAGGGUGCACCAGCACCGAGCAACAUGAUUUCUGUUGGAUUGGGCACCAAGACACUGAAAUCUUCAUUGAGAAGCGAGUUUUUGGGCAUUGAUUCUGGGGGAAAGCUAUAUUGGAUAAUUGAUUCAGGUACAAGUCCUUGGAUACUUGUGAACAAAGUUGAUGGACCACAGAUAAAUAAAGUGACCUCCCAGGACUUUGAAUUAUUGUCCGAGAUCUUCACAUUGAGUGGAAAAGCAUACUCGUCGUGGGCUUCCUAUCAAUCUGAUACUGAAAUUAAAAUAUUGAUGGAUUCUCUUAAAGAUGACGAGCAAAUUAGAAGACAGUUGCGGGACACAUUUUCUCAACGACGCAAAGUUUCCAAGGACUCCGAAAGGCAAAACCAGGAGGAGCUUCAUCCAUCUCUCCUGGAGCGAGGCAAAACUAGAGCGGCAAAAUUGUUGGAGCACAAAUAUGGUCCCUUUGUCAUGCUGGAGAUAACUGACUUUGCAGAGAAGCACAACAAGGGGAAAUCAGUUGCUCAAGACAAGGUGUAUAGAUGUGACUGCUUAGAACCUAUUUUGCCAACAGAUUAUCAUUGUCUUUCUUGCCAUAGAACAUGCUUCUCCACCAUGGAGUUUCAGUUACAUGGUAAUGGUAAAUGUUAUUUGAAGAAGAGGGAAAGCAUUUUCAGUUUACAUGGGGAGGGAACAACAGAAUCUGUGGAUGGACAUGACUUCUCCAUAGAAAAAAAGAGAAUAACAUGCUCUACAGCUGGUGCCAUUGCGCCAAACUCUUUGAAAGGGAGUGAAAUUGAAGUGGAAGCACAAACACGUGGUAACCCUGGAGGACUGCAGCAUGUUGACAGAGUAUCUCUGUCACAUAAUGUUACUCAGAAGUUGGAGAUUGAAAAGUUGUGCAGAGCACCAGAACCUUCAAUAAGGCCACUAAUAGGCAGAGCUGCUGGUGUUUUAAGACAGCUUAAAAUUAAUCUAUUGGAUAUGGAAGCUGCAGUUCCUAAAGUUGCUUUCAGAUCGUCAAAAGGAUGUGCUGAAAGGAGACGGGUCUGGCGCAUGUUCGUAAAACGUGCGAGCAACAUAUAUGAGAUGGUUCAGGCGGUGAUUGUGUUUGAAGACAUGUUUAAGCUGGAGUAUAUAGCUUACUCAUGGAGGAAAUAUUGGUCAUUCUCAGCAGCUGCCAAUAUAUCCACCUUAGCUGCCCUGGCUCUCCGAAUAUACUCCCUUGAUGCUGCCAUCAAUUACGAUGAAACUUCUUCUACAUCCAACACAAUCAAGCUCUCGAGAAAAGCAGAUAAAGGAAAGAGGCUACAAAAUCCAAAUCCGACCGGGAGACCGUCCAAGAAACAGAAGGGAACGCCGAAAUAAGUCAUAACCCCGCAGCAUAUUUGUGUUAACAGGGCAUCUUCGUUAUUGGUAGAAUUUUUCAGAAAACAUCAGAACAAUUAAAGUUUCAUGUACGAUAUGUAUUACAAUUUAUUUACUGUGAGUAAUUUGAUAUAUUCCUUGGUCGUGUGGGGUGGAUGGAAGUGGGAAGACAUGUUGUGUGUUUGAUGGGUAAUGUGGUUGUGGUACGUGACGUGGGCUUGAAACCCAUCACAUGAAAAUGUCAUUAUUCAAUUGACAUUUAUAGUCUCCACUUCUGACUCCUUU